AUGUCUACUCGAACCGCUGCCCUCAGCCCCAAUGCCCCGGCACCUAGCCCGCUGAUGUCCCAGGCCAUCAUCUGCAAUGGUAUGGUCUACUGUUCGGGUGCUCUAGGCCUUGACCCUACCACCGGCAAGUUUGUGGAGGGUGACGCAGCUGCGCGUGCGACUCAAGCUCUUAGCAACCUUGGCGCAGUGCUCGAGGCCGCUGGUACUAGCCUUAACAAGGCUGUGAAGAUCACCAUCUUCCUCUCAAGCAUGGACCAUUACCCCAAGCUCAACGAGGCUUACGCCAAGUUCUUUACAGAAGAUCCCAAGCCCGCACGAACGUGUGUGUGCGUUGCGGAAUUGCCCCUCGGGGCUGAGAUGGAAAUUGAAGCGAUUGCUUCAUUGUCAUAA